UCUUCGCUCCCAAUCGGGAGCAGCAGUGUCUGGUACUUUCGCCAUCCCUUUGAGCUCGUUUUCUUAACCCUAACCUGUUUUCCCCCAUCCCAACUUGCUUGCAGGUUAGAACGGCAUCAGGAUGAGCUGGUCACCUUCCCUGCCAACCCAGACUUGUGGGGCUUGGGAAAUGAAAGAGCGACUUGGGACAGGGGGAUUUGGAAAUGUGGUCCGAUGGCACAAUCAGGAAACAGGUGAGCAGAUUGCCAUUAAGCAGUGCCGGCAGGAGCUCAGUCCCCGGAACCGUGAGCGCUGGUGCUUAGAGAUCCAAAUCAUGAGGAGGCUGACCCACCCCAAUGUGGUGGCUGCCCGGGAUGUUCCUGAGGGGAUGCAGAACUUGGCACCCAAUGACCUACCCCUGCUGGCCAUGGAGUAUUGCCAAGGGGGAGACCUCCGAAAGUACCUGAACCAGUUUGAGAAUUGCUGUGGCCUGCGGGAAGAAGCCAUCCUUACUUUGCUGAGUGACAUUGCCUCUGCACUUAGAUACCUUCAUGAAAACCGAAUCAUCCAUAGGGAUUUGAAGCCAGAAAACAUUGUUCUGCAACAAGGAGAGCAAAGACUAAUACACAAAAUUAUUGACCUUGGAUAUGCUAAGGAGCUGGAUCAGGGCAGCCUUUGUACCUCAUUUGUGGGGACCCUGCAGUACCUGGCCCCAGAGCUGCUGGAGCAGCAGAAGUACACAGUGACGGUCGACUACUGGAGCUUUGGCACCCUGGCCUUCGAGUGCAUCACAGGCUUCCGGCCUUUCCUCCCCAACUGGCAACCUGUGCAGUGGCAUUCAAAAGUCCGGCAGAAGAGUGAGAUGGACAUUGUCGUCAGUGAAGACUUGAAUGGGACGGUGAAGUUUUCAAGCUCCUUACCCUACCCCAAUAAUCUUAACAGCAUCCUGGCUCAGCGGCUGGAGAAGUGGCUGCAGCUAAUGCUGAUGUGGCACCCCCGGCAGAGGGGCACGGACCCUACAUACGGGCCCAAUGGCUGCUUCAAGGCCCUAGACGACAUCUUAAACUUAAAGCUGGUUCACAUCUUGAACAUGGUCACAGGCACCAUUCACACCUACCCAGUAACAGAGGAUGAGAGUCUGCAGAGCUUGAAGGCCAGAAUCCAGCAAGACACAAGCAUCCCAGAGAAGGACCAGGAGCUGCUGCAGGAAGCGGGUCUGGUGCUGAUCCCUGACAAGCCAGCCACACAGUGCAUCUCAGAUGGCAAGGUAAAUGAGGGCCGCACAUUGGACAUGGAUCUUGUUUUCCUCUUUGACAACAGUAAAAUCACCUAUGAGACUCAGAUCUCCCCACGACCUCAGCCUGAGAGCGUCAGCUGUAUCCUUCAGGAACCCAAGAGGAACCUCUCCUUCUUCCAACUGCGGAAGGUGUGGGGCCAGGUCUGGCACAGCAUCCAGACCCUGAAAGAGGACUGCAACCGGCUGCAACAGGGACAGCGGGCUGCCAUGAUGAAUCUCCUCCGGAACAACAGCUGCCUCUCCAAGAUGAAGAAUUCCAUGGCAUCCAUGUCCCAGCAGCUCAAAGCCAAGCUGGAUUUCUUUAAGACCAGCAUCCAGAUUGACCUGGAGAAGUACAGUGAGCAGACCGAGUUUGGGAUCACAUCAGAUAAGCUGCUGCUGGCCUGGAGGGAAAUGCAGCAGGCUGUGGAGCUGUGUGGACGGGAGAACGAGGUGAAACAUCUGGUGGAACGGAUGAUGGCCCUGCAGACUGACAUUGUGGACUUGCAGAGGAGCCCAAUGGGCCGGAAGCAGGGGGGGACACUGGAUGACCUAGAAGAGCAAGCAAGGGAGCUUUAUAGGAGGCUGAGAGAGAAACCAAGAGACCAGCGGAUAGAAGGGGACAGUCAGGAAAUGGUCCGGCUGCUGCUCCAGGCAAUUCAAGGCUUUGAGAAGAAAGUGCGAGUGAUCUACACACAGCUCAGUAAGACUGUGGUUUGCAAGCAGAAGGCGCUCGAGCUGCUGCCCAAGGUGGAGGAGGUAGUGAGCCUCAUGAAUGAGGAUGAGAAGACUGUGGUGCGGCUUCAGGAGAAGCGGCAGAAGGAGCUCUGGAACCUCCUGAAGAUUGCAUGUAGCAAAGUCCGUGGUCCCGUCAGUGGAAGCCCAGAUAGCAUGCAUGCCUGCCGCCUGAGCCAGCCUGGACAGCUGAUGUCUCAGCCCUCCCCAGCCCCUGACAGCCUACCCGUGUCAGCCAAGAAGAGUGAAGAGCUGGUGUCUGAAGCACACACUCUCUGCAGCCGCCUGGAGAGCGCUGUACAGGACGCCGUGAGGGAGCAGGACCGGAGUCUUAUGGCCCUAGACUGGAGCUGGCUACAAACAGAGGAGGAAGAGCCCAGCACUCUGGAGCAGGCCUCAUGACAUGGGGAGCCUCGACCCCCCCAACGUGGGGCAGCCCAGAGCAGGCCAUGUGACAUGGGCCAUCAUCUGGCGUGGCUCUCCCACAGUGGCUUUUGCUUCAGGGAUGUCCCAGCAGCCUCUGGCACCCAGAUGGAGCUCUCACUUUCCCAGCCGCUGUGAUGUUCAUCCUGGACCCAGGGCAAGGCCCUCAACCAGCACUGCCGGCACCCUGUCUGUACACUAGAAAUCCUCCAUCUUGGAAUCCAACAAAUGUUGACACCAGUCACCAGUGUUGAGGGAAACAGUCACAGCGGCUACUUCUGCUGCUCUGAAAAAAAGUGCCCAAAGUACGGUUUGCCACACAGAUGACUGUACAGUAUCUAACUUGAAUCUCUCAGGCCAGAGUCUGAACAGGACUUGGUGCCAGCCUGUCCCCUUCUGACCUCCAGGGGCCCUGAUGGCCUGUCCUCUCUCACCUUUCAGCUGGUGUUUCAUCUGGAUUGGGCUUCUCCAUAGCAGACAUUUUAAUUAUAGGUUUGGCCUGGCCCUGGCCUCUCUUCCUCUUUUCAUUUCAUUGCUGCAAAAAUUAUAUUUUUACCUACUACUUUGGUGGUUGUCCUCCUUCUGGCAAAGUUGUACUGAGUGCCAAGUUCCUCCUGUCCAUAGUCCUUUCAAGCCAUGGAGUGACUCACUAUAGCCAGGACAGAAAGGCUGCUGCCUUCCUUUGAGUCCCAACGAGUACCUGGGAGUGAGUCAUCAUAGAGAAGGAAAGAGGGAAUGGGUCUCUGUCAACUGCUGGCCCACUGGCUACAGUGCUCACACCUCACUCUGACUUGGACACAUUUGCGUGUGGUGGUGGGCCGGGGUGUUCCUGUCUCACACAGCAUCUAGCAGUAUUAUUAAGCUGAUUUAAUUUUAAAUAGUCUAUAUUUUGUAACAUGACUCAAACACAUUGGCCUCCACAAUCCAGUUUCAUGGUACCUGCGGUUGGGAAUUCUGAACUAAAAUAAUGAGAAAUUUUAUACAACUGACUAGUGCCUGGAUUAUAAUAGUACAGAAGCACUGCUGUUUCACUGUCCUGGAUCUUUUACAUAAAAGCAAGUUGGAAUAGGAGAAUUCCACAAAAUGAUUUUCAUGGACAUAGAACGAGACAUUCAUUCCAUAGUCAGGUGAGCUUAGUGCACAUUUCAUGAUUUAAUUGCUUCUUGGAGAUUCACAUUGUACACCUGUAAAGUAUCUGAAAUGUUUUAGAAUAAAGAAACUGGUUUAACUUUGUAUAAA